AUGAAGAAGUACAGUAAGGGGCCCCAUUUGGUGUGCCUGCUCGGCGCCUUCCCACUGUACGCAGCCGUCUCGAAUGAAAAAUCGAUGGAGGGUCUACACAACGAUAGUGAUACCCCUGCGCAGUUGCGAAAUGGAAGCAGAGUGGUCCAUUUGGAAGGCACACACAUAAAUAGCAAAAGAGCACCGUGGGGUAUUAAAACAUUGUCGCCUCAUAAAAAUGCGGCCAUAACUUCGAAUGAAGGGAAAAUAAAAAACAAGUUAAGGGAAAAAGUAAAGGGAGUGAACAAAAUAUGUGGCGAAAAAAUUGCUCUGAAGAAAUGGGAACCCCUGUGGAGGUACAACUACCAUGGGAGCCGCCAACUCGCCUUGUGUGAAAGGGCCAAUUGCAACGGUGAGGAAAAAGGGGGACGAAUUUUUGCACGCAUAGCAAACUCUGAAAAUGGUAAGGGGAGCAAUUUUCCAUCCGGGGAAGAUACCCACCAGGGGCAUCACGUCGAAAUGAAGAGGGCAUAUCAAGGCAGUGACGAGGGACACACACAAAUGGGCACUCCCGAAGAGCACACACAAAUGGGCACUCCCGAAGAGCACACACAAAUGGGCACUCCCGAAGAGCACACACAAAUGGGUAGUCACGAAGACGAACCCUCCUGCGACACCCCCAGCGAAAGCGAAACGCAAGCAGAGCUAACAGAAGAAGUAAUUAACUUCAUCGAAAGCAUAAUUAAAAAACACAAAAUAGUUCUGUUCAUGAAGGGUACAGCGUUAAACCCAUUUUGUAAAUAUAGCAAACAAGCAAUACACAUUUUGAAGCUAAACAAAGUGAAAGAAAUUAGAACUGUUAACAUUUUGGAUGAUCAACAGCUGAGGAGAUCUUUAAAAAUUUACUCUGAAUGGCCCACCUUCCCGCAGCUGUACGUAAAUGGGAAAUUCGUCGGGGGCAUAGACAAACUGCAGGAGUUGCAUGACGGGAAGAAGCUAAAGGGCGUCUUGGAGGAUGUGUAG